CCGGCCCCCUGGACGAUGGCGUCCACCUCGCGCAACAGCUGGGUCUGGUUGCUGCUCUGGAGACGGACUUUCCUCGCGCUGUGGCUGUGCGCGCUCGUGGCGCGUGGAGCGGAGGACGGCGGCACCUUCAACUCGGAGUCAUGGCUGAGGAUGUACGGUUACCUGCCCCAGGCCAGCAGACAGAUGUCCACCAUGCGAUCGGCUCAGAUCCUGUCCAAUGCGAUCGGUGACAUGCAGCGGUUCUACGGCCUGGAGGUCACUGGACAGAUGGACACUCAGACCAUCAGCGCCAUGCGGAGACCCCGCUGCGGUGUGCCCGACAAGUUUGGCGGCCAGAUCAAAACCAACGUGCGGCGGAAGCGCUAUGCCCUCACGGGACAUAAAUGGAACAAGAGCCACCUCACUUACAGCAUCCAGAACUACACUCCCAAGAUCGGAGAGUACAACUCAUACGAAGCCAUCCGUCGGGCGUUCCAAGUCUGGCAGAGGGUGACCCCGUUGACCUUCGACGAGAUUCCCUACCAGGAGAUCAAAUACGGACGCCGCAAGGAGCCCGACAUUAUGAUCUUCUUUGCUUCGGGUUUCCACGGAGACAGCUCUCCUUUUGAUGGGGAGGGAGGCUUCCUGGCUCACGCGUACUUCCCAGGACCCGGAAUGGGCGGGGACACCCACUUUGACUCAGAUGAGCCAUGGACCAUAGGCAACCAGAACAUACAAGGUAAUGACCUCUUCCUGGUGGCGGUCCACGAGCUUGGCCACGCCCUGGGUUUAGAGCACUCCAACAACCCGCUGGCCAUCAUGGCUCCGUUCUACCAGUGGAUGGAGACGGAGAACUUCCAGUUGCCCGAAGACGACCGGCGGGGGAUACAGCAGAUCUACGGCCAACCGGGCGGCGGCCCCACUCAGGCCCUGCCCACCGUGACACCCCGUCGACCGGAGCCCAGGCCACCUCAGAACCCUCCUCGGCAACCAGACCGCCCCCGGACCACCGAAAGACCAGACCACUAUGGACCCAAUAUCUGUGAAGGGAACUUUGACACUGUCGCUAUGCUCCGAGGAGAGAUGUUCGUCUUUAAGGGCCGUUGGUUCUGGCGGGUGCGUAGGAACAGGGUUCUGGAUAACUACCCCAUGCCCAUAGGUCACUUCUGGAGGGGUCUGCCUGGAGACAUAGACGCUGCCUAUGAGAGACACGACGGCAGGUUCGUCUUCUUUAAAGGAAACAGAUUCUGGCUUUUCAGGGAGGCUAACCUGGAACCAGGCUAUCCAAUGGAGCUGGUCGAUUACGGUCAAGACAUUCCCUAUGACCGAAUAGACGCAGCCAUCUGGUGGGAGCCAUCCGGCUACACGUACUUCUUCCAAGGAGACUGGUACUGGCGCUUCAACGAGCAGUCGCGCUUGGCCGACCGAGGCUACCCGAAACCGAUCAGCGUCUGGGGAUCGUCAGUGCCUUCCUCCCCCAAGGGGGCCUUCCUCAGCGAUGAUGGCGCGUACACCGUCUUCUACAAGGGUUCCAAGUACUGGAAGUUCGACAACCACCGCAUGAAGAGCGAACCAGGCUACCCCAAGUCCAUCCUGAGAGACUUCAUGGGCUGCAGCGUGGACCUGGACCCGGACAGAGACACGGACACCGACGCGGGACGCAAAUACCCAGAUGUGAACCGCCCGCCGUUCAACCCGGACGCAGACGGGCGGGACGGGGACAAGGGCAAAGGCCGCGAGGGCACGGACGGCGGCGCGACGGACAAGGACGAGGGCAAGGGCUCGGACAACGGUGACGACGAAGACCACCGCGAGGGCCGCGAGGAGGACACCAACGAGGUGGACGUGGUGCUGAAGGUGGACGACAGCGAGGAGCGGACCAUGAACAUCCUGAUGGUGACCAUCCCGCUCGUCCUGGUGCUGUGCAUCCUGGGACUGGUUUACGCCAUCAUCAACACGCUGCAGAGCAAGGGGGCGCCGCGGCUGCUGGUGCACUGCAAGCGCUCGCUGCAGGACUGGGUCUGACCCCUUGGACUUAAGGGGACUCGGAACCUUGAACUUAAAUUGAACACCACCCCUCCUCUAAUCCAAGCCUCUUCACGGUGGUCCAUCCGUCUCAGCAGCUCCUGUAGCUCUUAGUACAUGUGGUAGUAGAUCCAAUAAUAUACUGAUAAACACACACAAACACACACACAUAGACUAGAAGCAAGCCAAACAUCUUACUGAUACACACACCCACCCACACACACACACACACACACACACACACACACACACAGCCCUAACCUCCUCCUGUCUCCCAUGGUGCUCUACAAUGCGUCGACUGUAGUCUAUUUAUACGAGAGAAGUUUGCACAUUGUCGUUUCUUGUUUUUGUGUGACUGUUUUGUUGUUAUUGUUAUUAUUUCUAAACCAGGAAGGCCGUUCUAUCCUCUCCACACCGCCUUCCUCCUCGGCCAUAAUCCUCGCCAAUAACUUGACAUCAGCUCACGCUAUCACCGUCGCAACAAAAGAAAGAAAUGUGAAGGGGGCUGUAGGCGGACCACUCUGCUUCAAGUGCAGUUUGGGAGUGAUCCUUUCUCCUCUCGUCAUCUUCUUCUUCACCUCUUCCCUUUCGCUCUGCAGCGCGGUAUGUCACGGCUGUGGGAGAGAGAGCAGGGUUUGGUCACGUCGACAGCGUCAGCGUUUAGGCUCUCACUGAUGUUUCUACACAGGGAACGAUUUGGAUAAUUACCAGUUUAUUACAACUUAGAUCUUAUUUUUAUAUACGUUGAAUUGUUUUAAUAACAACACUGUGCUCAUCAAGUUAUCUGCUGAGAUCGGGGAAUGUGGCGACAUCGCUACAAGGAUUUUGAAACCUACGGGCCUUAAACAAACCCCCCCGGAUGAGCUGAGCACGUUGGAAAGAGAAACCGAAGACACCGUUCCCCAAACUGACUGUGUUACUUUUAAAUAAUAAAUCAGUUUACAGACCAGCUCACUGGUUCUAGUUUGACCUAUGGUAUUGCCGUAGUUGUGCACACACACAGAGUCACUUUUGGCGUACCUGCAAAUAAAGUGGCUAGACCAUCCGUCUCACAUGGGGGUCUGUUUAAAGGACUAGUUUGACAUUUUUUUCUAGCAGUAGGCGGAGCCAGUGUAGCUGUCUCCCCUGCUUCCAGUUUUAAAGCAAUGCCAUAACAACAGAUAGACAUCGUGGCUAUAAGAAUAUGACCUAAGAUGUAAAAAAAACAACUAAAAAAAAGCAAUUAUCCUUUGAAGUCAGACCGCUAUUGCCUUGUUUUCUGUCUUUAUCUUGUCCUCACACAGAUGGGCAAAAGGUCUAGCUCUCUUCCUUAUUUGGAAACCAUUUAAAGACCUCUUUGGCUGAAAGGCUUCAGACUUUAAAGGGGAUCUCUUCACUUAACUUUCAUUCAUGUGGCUUAAUUCUCGCAGAGCUUCCUUUCUAUCAACAGUAAGACCUUUUCUUUGUGCUUGAGAGGAGACGGACUAAUGGUUCAUUUUAAAAGGCAGCUCGCUGUGAAAUGACAGAGGGAGGGAGCAUUCGUUGUCUGUGUGUGUGUGUGUGUGUAUGUGGGGCAUAAAACAAGGGCCAAACAAAGCAGAGCCGGGGCCUUUAACUUCAGGAUGUAACACCGCGAAUGCAACACAGCAGUGGCAGGGUGCAGCUAAUGUACCGUGCAGUUUUUAAUGGACUUUUUACCGCUGCUGUUUUGUCACAGGACAAUUUAAGAAACUUCACAGAUGAAGAUGAUGGUGUUGUUAAUAUGAUGUCGCUGUAAGCAGCAGGGUGGGCUCGGGCCCAUGCGAAUGUGAACACAGACUAAUCCUCUUCAUUAAAAAACAGCAGGUGUGUGCAAAUGCUUUUAACCCCCCACGACCCCUAAACUAAACCUUGAACUCCCAGAACCAAAACACUCCCCCACUCCCUUUUCAUCUCACAAAAGCGGAGACGGGACGAAGUGUCGGCCUCGAAGACUUCAGGAGGUCCACAGAGAAAUCAGAGACUUGUGUUUCUUCACCACUCAUUAUAGCAAUGUUGCUUGUGUUGGAUCAUCCAAGUGAUUUAUUGCAUUUUAAUAAUCUGAUGGUGAUUUUCAUAGUGUACAGAAAUGAGUGGAAACCUAUGGCAGGAAGGGGUAAAACGUGCAAAAACAGCAGAGUUGUCCUAUAGAUUUUUCUUUUUUUGUAAAGAAGAGAAAAAAACAUAUUCAUCAAAGGCAAGAUAAUUCCACCUGACCCAUUUGGAAACACAUUUUCAAGAAAAUCUUUGGUCUGUUGACAUUACCCAUAUAUCUUUAGGAAUAAGUAGCCCUAUUUCAAGAUAUUGAAAAUAGCCCAGCAGCAAGCGGAAAAAGUGAGAUGAUCUGAUCAUCUGCAGUUUUUCUAAGGAAAAAUAAGAUUUUGAGUUUACAAACCAGCCUCAGACAAGAGAGAGAGAGAGAGUGUGGGAACGGACGACUUCAGAGUGCAGCUUCAACUGUGAAUGGGAGAGGUGGCAUUUAGAAGUAAGCUGCCGAUCUGACCGGGGGAGUGGGGGGGCUCAGCUCACCCCGUCUCAGGUUACAGAUGUGGACGGGGAGGGGGCGAGGAGGGACUGGGUUUUCUUUUGCAGCUGAGACAAGGGGAGGGGGGUAGGGAGGCUGACCUGGUCCUCCUGAGCCUGCAAAGCGGAAGAGAGAGAGAGAGAGGACUUUGAUGGCUCUCUCCCACUGGCAACAGCCCAUGUGACCCACAUUCUCCAAUUCAGCCCCGAGCCAAAGAGGAAACUUUAGCUUGGAGUUUGACGGAAUAUAGAAUAAGACAGAAUAAUAUCAGAAAUGUGCAUGUUGAUUCCAGCUGUGCCUCAGGAGCAGCAGCAGUUUUUUGCUUCUCCUGUCUUUGGUGCCAGAGGACAUACUGUAAUGCUGACGGUGCAGAUAUAUAUAUAUAUAUAUACGUCACGCCGCUGUUGAGGUGCAGACAGGUCGUGGGUGAGACACCUAUACGUGGACAGAGGGGAAGUUGACAGGACACUUAGUGAAAGAAAAAAAAAAAAAAAAAGGAAGAGCCAUAAUCAGCCGUCACCAGAAGCCUGGUGAUUGAUCUGUGGCCGGUCAAUAGCGGUUGCCAGGAAACGCUGUGCAACGCUCACCUCGUCUCUCUCCGUCGGGGGGUGGGUUGGCGGAUGUAGCUAAUCAGCGUUAAAAGCAUCCCCCCCGCCCUCUCCGCUCCCUCAUCUGCUGUCCUGUUCCUUCCAGUCGGUCCGACAGUUACGUCGAUGCUAAAGACAACCUGGUGUCCGGACAGGCUCAGUGAAAAUGCCCCCCCUCAUUGCAUCAGUACCACGCUGUGUGUGGAGCUCUGGUUCAUCAACCCCCUCCUCCUCCUCCUCCUCCUCCUCCUCUCUUCUUCUUUGAGGACACACAAGCAAGCCCAUAGGGGAGCAAAACCACUUCAACAAAGUUAAAGUAAACCACUUUAAAGUCUGUCCCACCUGAAUGUUCCCUUACUUGAAAUCACAAGUUUUCUGCCAUUCGGCAGUUUGAGGGAUUCUCUGCGGGGCGACGCCGAUGGUGUUAAAGGACAGCGAGCGGAGGAGGAACACAGAGAGGUUGAGAGGGAGAGCUGCCCAGGAUGAUUGAUGCGUGUGUGUGUGUGUGUGUGUGUGUGUGUGUGUGUGUGUGUGUGAAGAGGUGUUCAGUUAAUCAGCUCCACUCUCCAUAAGGGUUUUCAUCUGACUGUAAAUCUCCCACACUCUCUCUAUCGCCGCAGACUGAGCCCAGCCCUCUGAGUCCGGUGGGGAUCAUAAUAACAACAAUGGCCCUCUCUCUCUCUCUUUCUCUCUCACACUCUCUCUCUGUCUCCUCCCCCUUUUUUUUCUCUCUCUCUCUCCCUAAUACACACACAAACACGUUAUUGUCUUCUCCAAACCUCCUCCCCCUUCCUCCCUCCACUCAAGGGAACUAGUCCAGGCCGAGGUCCGGCCCAACACAGCAGAGCCUGUUGUUUUUUU